AUGGCUUCCUUUUCGAUUAUCACCAUUUUAUUGGCUCUACGCUUCUUUUUCAUUGUUUCUGGUGCUCCUGCUCCUUCACCACUCCCAUCUGAUGCAGCUACAUCGGCUACUUCUUAUACCGGGGAUUAUUGGCUCUCAACUAUUCAACGACAAGGUGUUGUCGCAUAUGGUGAUGCUUCAUAUCAAAUAUUCCGUGAUGUCAAGAAAUACGGUGCUGUUGGUGAUGGUGUGACUGAUGAUACCGCAGCCAUCAAUGCUGCCAUCUCUGCUGGAAAUCGUUGUGGCAAAGGCUGCGACUCAACUACAGUCACUCCCGCCAUUGUUUACUUUCCACCGGGAAUUUAUGCGAUCUCAGCUCCCAUUGUACAACAAUAUUUUACUCAACUUGUUGGUGAUGCCGUUACUCCUCCAACAAUCAAAGGCCUUCCUAGCUUUGCUGGUAUGGCUUUGCUCGACUCGGACCCAUAUGAUCCCUACAACUGGUUCACCAAUCAGAAUAACUUUUAUCGUCAGAUUAGGAACUUUGUCAUUGACUUGACCGCUAUGCCUUUUUCAACUGGUAGUGGGAUUCAUUGGCAAGUUGCUCAGGCUACAUCGUUACAAAACAUCGUUUUCAACAUGAGAACUGACGGUGGAACCUCCAACGCACAACAAGGAAUUUUCAUGGACAAUGGCAGCGGUGGUUUCAUGGCCGAUUUGACGUUCAACGGUGGAAAAUAUGGAGCCUUCCUUGGUAGCCAACAGUUUACAUCACGAAAUUUGGUCUUCAACAACUGUCAAACAGCCAUCUACCUCAAUUGGGCCUGGCUCUGGACCUUCCAAAACAUCAAGAUCAACAACUGUGGUGUAGGUCUCGACAUGACAGCUGGUGGUGCAUCAUCUCGCUCAGUUGGAUCGGCCACACUGAUGGAUAGCACGAUUACAAAUACUCCAAUUGGCAUUUCUACUAUUUACGAUGUCGCCGAAGCUGGAACCAAUGGCACUCUUGUUAUUGAGAAUGUCGACUUCUCUUCAAAUGUUCCAAUUGCCGUGUAUGAUGCCACUUCCAAAGCAACAGUCCUCGCAGGAAACACCAAGAUCGCAUCCUGGGCACAAGGAAAGAUUUAUACUGGUGCUAACACUGGCAAGGCUAUCCAAGGUAGUCAAACUGCUGUCACCAAGCCCGCGACUCUCUUGGAUUCUACUGGCAAAGUAUUUGGACGCACCAAGCCACAAUAUGAGACUUUACCAGCCUCAUCUUUCUUGAGUGUCAAGUCUAAUGGAGCUAAAGGUGAUGGAACUACUGACGAUACUGCUGCGAUUCAAGCAAUUUUUGACAAGGCUACGACUGAUCAGAUUGUUUACUUUGAUCAUGGAGCUUAUGUUGUCACUGAUACCAUCAAAGUUCCAAAGAACAUCAAGAUCACUGGAGAGAUCUGGCCUAUGAUCAUGGCCAAAGGAUUCAACGAUCAAAACAACCCAAAGGCAGUCUUCCAAGUUGGUCAAGUAGGAGAUACUGGUUCUGUUGAGAUCUCCGAUAUGGUCUUUCAAACAAUGGGUCCAGCUGCAGGUGCUAUACUCAUCGAGUGGAAUAUCAAAGAGGCUUCACAAGGUUCAGCAGGAAUGUGGGAUGUUCACACAAGAAUUGGUGGCAGUUCUGGUACUCAACUUCAAUCCAACACCUGUGCCAAAAACCCAACCGUUUCCGCUGCCGCCAAUACAGCUUGUGUUGGAGCUUUCAUGCUUUUGCAUGUCACCGAGAAGGCUUCAAUCUACCUCGAGAACAAUUGGUUCUGGGUUGCUGAUCAUGAACUUGAUCUCGCUGAUCAUAAUCAAAUCGACAUCUACAACGGUAGAGGAGUUUUGGUUUCUUCCGAAGAAGGACCGACCUGGAUGUACGGUACCGCCAGUGAACAUUCCGUUCUUUACAACUAUCAAUUGACCAAUGCUUCCAACGUCUUCAUGGGAGCUAUCCAAACCGAAACUCCUUACUUUCAAUCCAAUCCCGAUGCCAAGACACCUUUCACUGUCAAUGCAGCAUAUGCUGAUCCUUCCUUCAGCGGUGUAUCGCUCGUCAACAAAGCCUGGGGUCUUCGCAUUGUUAAUUCUGAGGAUAUCUUCAUCGCCGGCGCUGGUCUUUAUUCUUUCUUUGAUAACUAUAGUCAAGAUUGUUUGGCCACUCAAACCUGUCAAACUAAUAUGCUUUCCAUCGAGGGUUCCGGUGGUAUUCAUAUCACUGGCUUGUCAACCAUCGGAGUUGAGAAUAUGGUUACGAUUGAUGGAAAGAGUGCGGCGUUGGACAAAGAUAAUCGUAACACUUUCUGUGCUACAAUUGCCAUGUUUGAGGAGGCUGGCACUGGUGUUAAGUGCUAG